AUGUUCCCAUUAAUUUCCAGCCAUCAUCUUUGGUGGGGUGGGCUUCGGAGGACAGUCUGCCUGAACCUGCCAGUGCUGACCCUGCAGCACUUUCAGCAUAUGCACAUCAAAGUUGGAGACCGCGCUGAACUUAGGAGGGCCUUCACACAGACGGAUGUGGCUACCUUCUCAGAAUUAACAGGGGAUGUCAAUCCUUUGCAUUUGAAUGAAGACUUUGCAAAACACACCAAGUUUGGAAAUACAAUUGUACAUGGAGUUUUGAUCAACGGACUUAUCUCAGCUCUCCUGGGAACUAAAAUGCCAGGGCCAGGCUGUGUAUUUCUUUCCCAGGAAAUUAGCUUUCCAGCCCCUUUGUAUAUUGGAGAAGUUGUUUUAGCUUCUGCAGAAGUGAAAAAGCUGAAGCGGUUCAUUGCUAUUAUUGCAGUGUCAUGUUCUGUAAUAGAAAGUAAAAAGACUGUUAUGGAAGGCUGGGUUAAAGUUAUGGUUCCAGAAGCUCCCAAAUCCUGAAAUACAUGUUUUAAAGAUGCAGCCUUAAACACCAAUGCUGUUGUUAAAGAGCCUCUGGGGAAUUGCUGCUCUUCACCAAAGAAUGGUUGAUAGGCCCAGAAGCCCAUCUUAGUUAGGGGAAGGGAGCAGGAAGAGGGUUGUUCAAAUGCCCACUUUCCAGUUUGGCCUUAUGCUUCAUGCAGACUUGAGUGUAUGCAGGAUUUCAUUAUCUGCCUGGGUUUUUUGUUCGUUUGUUUUUUGUUUUUUAAUUCAAGAAGUAGGCUGGACCCGGUGGCUCAUGCCUGUAAUCCUGACACUUUGGGAGGCUGCGGCAGGUGAAUCACUUGAGGUCAGGAGUCCAAGACCAGCCUGGCCAACAUGGUGAAACCCCAUCUCUACCAAAAAAAAAAAAAAAUGCAGCUAGCUGUGCUUGGUGACUUGGCCCUGUAGUCCCAGUUGCUCGGGAGGCUGAGGUGGGAGAAUUGCUUGGGCCCCAGAGCUGGAGGUUAUGGUGAGAAGCUGAGAUCGCACCACUGCACUGUAGCCUGGGUGACAGAGCGAGACCCUGUCUCAAAAAAGAAAAAAGUAUUGGGAAGUUUAUUUAUCUAAAGACUCUACUUUUAAAUCAGGCAUGGCAGCUCACGCCUGUAAUCCCAGCAUUUUGGGAGGCUGAAGCAGGCGAAUCACUUGAGGUCAGGAGUUCAAGACCAGCUUGGCCAACAUGUGAAACCCCAUCUCUACUAAAAAUACAAAAACUAACCGGGCAUGGUGGCGGGCACCUGUAAUUCCAGCUACUUGGGAAGCUGAGGCAAGAGAAUCACUUGAACCUGGGAGGUUGCAGUGAACCGAAAUCACACCACUGCACUUCAGUCUGGGCGACAGAGCAAAACUCCACCUCAAAAAAAAAAAAAGAUUCUACUUUUAGAAAUUCAGACCUAGAUAGAUUUGCAUUUGGAUAACAGAGCCCUACCUAUAGCCGUGUGGAAGCAGCUUCUCACUGUAUUUUAACUGUGUAACAAUUAUUGAAGGCGAAAAUAGAAGUUGGGUCAUCUUUGAACACCUGCCUUUUAUCAAUGAAUAUUUUUAGACCCUGUUCUUCAGUAUCUGAGUCAGAGUUUAUUGUAAUUUGUUAUUUACACCAAGGUGGCAUCUUGGUCUACCUUCAGUGAGACUUGCAUUUCAGGGGAGGGGCGUAUGUGCAUCCUUGGUCUCAGUUAUGUAAACGGUCUGAUCUGUAAAAUAGUGGUAGCACAUGCCACGUGGGAUAGUUGGUGGAGAUGAUAGAUGGAGUUAAGCACAGGGCCCAGCCUGUCAGCAGUAGCUACUAUUAUUGUUGCCCGUUUCCCCUGCAACUGAGGUGAGAGGUUUUCCUGAGUUUGAAGCUGACUGGCCCACAGUUAAACGUAACAGACCAGUCUUUCAGGGUGUCGGCCAACCUCUAUUAGUGUUCUUAAGUACAGUUUCUGUUUUAAAAGUUCAGAUUAUUCCUUGAAAAUUUGGAUUUACCUCCCAUUAUAUGAGUAAUACAUGCUUAUAGUAAAAAACAAAACAAAAAAACAAAAAAAAACUUGUAAGAAAUAAAUAUUAAGAAGACUAUGGAGGCCAAAUUCUUAAGACUUUGGGGGCUGGGGUCAUUGAAGGGGAGAUGUGCCUAACAUGUUAGUACUAAAUGGCCAUCCCAACACAGCCAACACUUUUGUUUCCCAUUUUUUUUUUGUUUCCCAUUUUUUAAUAACAUUGAGAUAUAAUUCACAUACCAUAAAAUUCACGUUUUAAAAGUGUACAGUUCAGUGGUUUUCAGAAUAUCCACAAAGUUGUACAACCAUCACCAAAUCAAUUUUUUAUAGCAUUUUUCAUCACCCCCAAAAGAACCUCCCAUUAGCAGUCAAUCCAUUUCUUUCCAGUCCUCAGGAAUCACCAGUCUACUUUCUGUCUCUAUGGAUUUCUCUGUUCUGGACAUUUCAUGUAAGUUCAUACAAUAUAUGGUCCUUUGGAACUGGCUCCUUUGAUAUAGUGUGUUUUCAGGGUUCAUCCAUGUUAACAGCAUGUAUCAGUACAUCAUUUUAUUUUAUGGCUGAAUAAUAUACCAUUGUAUUUACCCAUC